AUGCCAGAGCAGACCAAUCAACCAGUUGAUGAAGAACAAAGCACGCACGCGGACAUGGAUGCACCAACGGAAGAGUCAUCAUACGGUGAAGAUGAAAAUUUCUCGGAUGAACAGGUUACCUCAUCGUAUACAGAGGAUCUACCGGCACUGUUCAAUCUCGAUGAACAUAGUUCUGAUGACGAUUUAGAUGUACAGAACGAAUGUAUUGAUGAAUACAGUCCUGAUGAAGCAUCUGACUCUGAGUUGCAGGAUGCAGAAAACCGUGGAAUAGCUCAGGACGAUGUUUGGAUAGAAGCCGAUACAUAUGAGGAUAAGAGUUUGAGUACUUUUCUUCGAAAUUGGAGCUUAGAAUUCAAUAUAUCGCAAAAUGCAAUGAAGCCUUUAAUGCAAAAACUUGCUCAAUAUGAUCGAACCCUCCCCAACUCUCCAAGACGAUUGCUUCGUACACCAAGAACCAAACCUACUAUUAUCAACAUUGAAGGAGGUGAAUACUGGCACCAAGGCGUCGAAACUUGUCUUCGCCAAACCAUCUAUACUUUAUCGGAAUCAUGCACAGUUAGUAUAAACGUGAAUAUUGACGGCUUACCAAUAUUCAAGAAUGGGACACAUCAAGUUUGGCCCAUACUGUUUAAUAUCCAUGGUAAACCUGACGUUAAACCAAUGAUAGCUGGCAUGUUUUACGGUCGCAACAAACCAAAAAAGAUUGAACAAUUCCUGAGUCCAUUUGUCACUGAAAUUGUACCUAUACUGCAAAAUGGCAUUCAUAUAAAUGGAAUAAAAUUAAAUGUGAACAUUCGGGCGAUGAUUUGUGACUCACCUGCAAGGGCAUUUGUAAAAGGUACAGUCAACUUCAAUUCUAUUCAUGGAUGCCUCAAAUGCUGCACGAUUGGCCAACAUUCACCAUUACUUCGUAAUAAUAUCUUUCCACAAACUUUAGCAAAGAAACGCACCGACGCAGGAUUCCGUAACAAAGAAUAUGAAGGCCAUUAUCAAGUAUACAAAAUUCGUGAAAAUGGAAAAGUCAAACGAAUUCCUGUUACCACACCACUUUUGCAGCUACCGAUUGAUAUGGUCGAAGAUGUAAUUGUUUCUGAUUCAUUGCAUCUGUUACAUCUAGGUAUCAUGAAGCGAUUAUUAAUAGCGUAUAAAGAUGGCCAUAACGGGUCCGAUGAUAGAAAAUGGCCAAGUAGUGUAGUUGAAGCAAUGACAGGCAUCUUACUGUCAAUAAAAUUGCCAGUUGAAAUCCACAGAGCAGUUCAUGGCAUCGAUUGCUUAACCCAUUGGAAAGCAUCAGAAUGUGCUUCAUUUCUUCAUUAUAUUGGCGUUGCAAUCCUUAAGCACUUUGUUGAUGACAAUCAUUAUCAAAAUUUCAUCAAGUUGUUCUGUGCAGUUAUUAUUUGUUCUAAUGAUUACUACGGAAGAUUUCUACCGGUUGCUCAAAAGUUAUUCGAACAGUUCAUUUCAAACUAUCAUACAUUAUUCAAUUCAAUUACAAGUAACACACACAACUUAGUUCACGUGGUUGAUGAAAUCAACAAAAGCUUUUGA